AUGCUCGUCUCCCAUCGCCAUGACUUCUCCGACGACGAGCAGCGCCGUCUUCAGGUCGGUCUCAGAUUCCAGCUUAUUACCAUUCUAUUGAUUCGAUUCCGUUCAUCUUCUUCCUAUGAAUAAGAACAACUCCUUACUUGUUGUUCAAUGAACUGAAAAAAUUGCCGGGUUCUCUCAAAAUUUCAAGCCAAGUAAAGUUCACUCCGAUACUCUCAAAAUGUCCCUGGCUUCUUGAAUUAGAUCUUACGGCGUUUAAGAACAAAAAUCCUAUAACCCUUAAACCACAGUGAAACUUAAGAAAACUCUUUUUCUAGAGAAGAGUAAAUUUCUAUUAAAACUCCAAGAGCAACUUUAACGUAUUAUGUUCCUUGUAAAGUUCGUACAAUUCAUUCUAAGAAUAAGGGUAGUGGAAGGAAAAUUUUCCAGAUUCUAUCAAAAUCUCAAAAGAAGUAAAAUCUCAAUAGGAUUUCUCGAAAAGUCCUUUUUUUAAAAAAAUUCCAGAUGUUUUUUCUUCAAAAUUCAAAUAAUUUUCAAGGAUCAAUUAAUUCGAACUGUGUCAGGCGAAAUUUUUCAUGGAUUCCUUUUUCUGUAGUGAGCUUGCUCCGUACAAAAACCUAGGCAAACAUGGCGCUUUCAACCUCUCAAGUGCGCGCUAUAGAUAAAUUGCUUUUUUUUGAAGCGCUUUUGAAAUUGAAUUAAUCUUUUUUUUUUGUUUGAUAAGCAUUCAAACAUAUGAAAUCUGAUGUAAUCUAGAGAAAUUCAAGAGAUCAACAUUUAUUUAUUUUGACUAAACUUAUUAAUUACCCAGGCCUUUUCUCUUUUCCGAAACUGCUCACGUAUCGAUUCAUCGAUCUCUUGUUUUUGUCGCCAUCAUAUAUUUUCGCGAGAGAACGGCUCUCGAGAAAAGAAGAAAAAACGAGGAGCUCAGCUGAUCGGCCGCCGGCGCAGAUAUCCCUGUUCCGCCGUUCUUUGAACCCCCAAGUCGGCGCUAUUUUCAGCGGCUCUUUUUUUUUGAAAAUCUCGAAACGAAGAGCAAAUAAACAAAGCACAAUCUCAGGCCGAUAUCUUCAAAAAAUCAUAGAUUGUAUAGAGAAGUUUUAUGGAAAUUUCAUCCCCAAAAAAACGGCCUUUUUUCUGACCAUUCAGUCAUUGCAAAAAACUUUUUUCAAUCAGGAAAUUUAUGGGUUUUUCUCAUUGAAGAAGUGACUACCGGCCCUUUAAAAAAAUUUAUAUUUUACUAAAUUUUUUUGAGGAAUACUGUUUCUAAGCUUUUUUUUCAGCUUCACUAUCCUUCUGCUUCCAAAAUAACGAUUUUUUCUCAGUAUUCAACAUAAACUUAAUGGUAAACGGGAAACCUUAACUCACAGUUUCACAUAUUUGAAUAAAAAUUACACAUUUCUUGCAAAAAAUGUUCAACAUGGAUUCUGUAAAUCUAUCUCCAAGCUUAAGAUUUCAAAUUACAAAAAAAGCGUACAAAAAUUGAUUUACCUACUGAGAAACUAUUUUAACUUCAGACGUUUUAAAAGCCCCCUAGUUGAAAAAACGUUCUAUAGCUCACUCGUAGAUCUAUUUUAUAAAUGUGAGAGCCUAAUUGAACUAUCAGAACUUUCAAAAAACCUUCAUUUCUUCACCGAAGAGCCUAUUUUAUCUAUUCAGACCUCCACAAAAAUCGCUUGAAAACUAUAAAUAUUACAGAGACAGCUGGCCGACAAGAUCACCAACUACGCGGCGAUCGACGAGAUCAGAACGUUGCUCGUCUGCGGCGCUCAGGUUGGUUCCCAAUCAAGAAAGAAAACAGAACGAAAAGCUUAUCACGUGCUCUCUUUCGCCAUUAUUUACCAACAAUCGGUUUGGUUCGUUUGUUGUUUGGGAGGCCAGCGCCGGUAGCCGCACGAAACUGAACGAAAAGCAGAAAAAAGCGCAUCCACUCGUCAGACUCCCAGAUGUUUUGUAUCGAAUCUUAUUUUCGAAAAUAGUCUUCUUUUCUUGAUCUUCAGUGGAACGGAGAAGUUGAAAGAAACUUUAUUUGUAAAAAAAAACAUCUUUUCUUAUUCUUAAUCUGAGGAUGAGCACUAGUCAGUUCAAAAAUAAUCCAUUGGGUAUUUGAGGAAUAAUCGACAAACUUUGGAAAAUCUAUCAACUCAAAGUUCUCCAUUUUGAUAUUUUCAAGACUUCUGACCUAUCAACAUCCCAAAAAACCCUUUUUAGAGAAUCUAGCAAUGGAAAAUAUUAAAAUUCCCUGAAAAAAAAACAGUAAAUAUAUUAAAAAGUGUUACAAUGUGACCUUUCAGCGCUUUUUGAUCCAUAAUUUACUGUCGUCAAGAAUUUUCGCAAUGAAUCAAAAAAUGCGUAAAACUCAGAAUUUAUGACUAUUAGUCCUUUUGAUUCUAAUCAACGCUCCAAAACUUGUUGAUUGCCCUUUUUACGAGAAAAAUAAGAUUUCCAUUCUUAUCAGAGGUGUAGUGGACACGCUUGUUUUUGAUAAAAGUUCAAGCGGUCCAAAGUUUUUUGAAACAACUCAACUGGCCUUUGAAAAACCAUGAUAAGAUAUAGAAGAAAUAGGAAAAAAGCGAGGUUUCAUAUUGAAAAGUUUCAAAUUUCCCUUUUGAGAAAAAUUGGCUAGAAUACCUUUUUUUGAACAUAACUCUUCAGCCUUACCGAAUGUUUAUCAAGGCUUAAAAACAAUUUUCCGUUAUUUUUAGUUCAAUCCCAAUUUCGUAGCCAUCAAAUAAAGCGAUACGUUUCAAGUUGGAAGAUAUUUUUUCUUCUUCCCGAAAAACACUAUCGAGUCCAAAAAUAUCGAUUUCUAGUACGAAAGAGAUCUUUUGAAGUAGCCGGACAGCCGCCAAGAACAUCACUCCGAAAAAUCACAAGCCCUUUGGGCGAAAGCUUUGGAGCGUCACGAGAUAAGAGAACCGCUGUUAUUAUUAUUAUUACUGGUCUCGAUGGAUGACGUGGCGGGUCACCGAAAAUCCACAACAAACUCCAGGCGAAAGCCCAAACAUUUUCCCUCCUUAACACAACAAAAAACUCCGGCCGUUCGGAGAUUGAGCAACUGUCUAGAAUCUCGUGGGAAUCGUCACUUUUUGCGUUUCAUUGAAAUAAUUUACAAGAUUAACUCUCCCGCUUUAUUACCAAAAAACUUUUCGAGUCUAAAUUUUCUGGCAACGAAUUUUGAGAAAUUUUGAAAGUUUGAAAGUUUGAAAGUUUGAAAGUUUGAAAGUUUUAUUCAGUCUUCAGAGUAGGUUCUCUGCUGAAUCAUGGAAUAAUUGAAGAGUUGUUUGUCGGUUCGCGAUAAUGUCGUUGAUCAAGCGUAGACAGCGCGUAGAGCAUCUCGCCUCUCUUGUGCUAGUAGUAGACGUUUUUCGAGCGUUUCCGACGAUCACUGCUUCUCCAUGUGGGAACAGUACGGCGCCCAGCUUGUCCAGGGCUGACGGGCGUCGGAUUAAAUCUCGGAAGAGAGCGGAAUGAAGACCGACCACUCGGGUGGUAGAAAUGAGAUAAUUUUGAGAUAAAAUUAAGUAAGUUGUACAUUUGAUCUCAAGUUUUGUGAGUUAGAAAAACAUCAAAGUUAAAGAAAUGUUAAUUAAGUGAAAAUUGAUCGAAAUGUUUUGAAACUAAAAUUCUGAUUUUCAGCCGGAUGGAGCUGUGACCCGAGGCUUGACGCCCCUUCAUUACGCCUGCUUCAUAAAUUAUUUUGCAGCUGCUAAACUUCUACUCAACAGAGGAGCUAAGGUAGGUUCAUGCUCUAAUAGCUGAAAAAAAAAACUUUGGUCUCUUAUCUCCAAACUAUCCCAGUUAUAAUCUACUUCUAAUAUGAGCAAAUAUUUAUUCACGGAACUUUGAAUUACAACUAUAAUAGUAUUGGGAAACACUUUAAAUCUAAAUCAGCCCAUUUUUGCAACUUUUCUUUGUUUUGAAUGUUUUGCAAACGGUUUUGGAGUGUACCUGUAGUGCACAGCGACUAUAGACAACAUUUUGAAAAACAAUUAGUACGCUCUCCUUUUUUCGCACCCAAGCGAGGACUAUAAAACCUUUUCUUUCCAAACGUUUCUUCUUGACUAAACUAGUUUUGGAUUCUUUGAAAGUUCUUACCUUAAUUCCUUUGUUUUCAGGCAGACGCUGUCGACGAAAUCGGCUGCUCAGCCUUGCAUCUCUGCGCCGAACACGGUCAUUACAGGAUGAUCAAACUUUUGCUUCAGGUUAGACUGAAAAAUCAAAAUCACAAAAGAAAAAAGAAACAUUUUAGUACCUCGAAGCGGUACGCCAGUAUGAAACUCCGCCAACAUACAAAGGAGAACGCUAUCCUCAAAGGCAGAACAUUGACGAGCCCCUUCGGCUUGCGAUCAAGGUAGAAACAUUUGAAAAAAAAAAGGCCUCCCGGGUUGAAUUAAUUGAAGUGAGUCGUAAAAUUCAGUGCAUGGAGUGUAUUUUGUGCUCGCAAAAUUUUCUAAUACAGUUAAAAUGCAAAAAAUAGUCCUUUCCUUUUUUAUUUUUCAAAUUAGAUGUUAUAUAAGAGUUUAUAGUUGAUUUUCAUUGAGAUAUUUUUUACAGAACGGACACUUUGAGUGUGCGCGACUUCUUUUGGAGAAUGGCGCCAACCCAAACGCCAUCUACUUCGAUGGGCCGGAGAUCACGCAAGUCAGCCCUCUCGACACCAACUUUAUUCAACUUCUUGUGAGAUUUUUAUUGAAUAAAUGUUCAAAAAAGAUCAUUUUAGCUCGAGUUUGGCGCCGAUCCAAACGUCUUUGAUAGAAAAGGACUCAGUCCGAUAAUGAAGGCGUGUCGUCUGAAGGAGAAAGGCAUCGAGGCGAUUAGGUAAUUUUCUAACAAGUAACUUUUUAUAUGCAAGUUAAAGUUUUUAAAGUAAACUCUUCUCUUGUUCAGAAUUCUGCUCGACCACGGCGCUGAUAUCAACGCUCAGGCGCCGGAAAGACAAGAUCAUCGGACGGCUCUUCAUUUUGCGCUUCUUUCAGGAAGCCAUUCGCUCGUCCGGUUUUUACUCGAGGUAGGGAAAGUUAGAAAAAAAAAAUUGAAGUUAGGGUAUCAGCGAGUUUUGAGACAGGGUUUUUUUUUUUGAGAAACUCUGAGUUUUUUUUAGUAGAUAAUCAAGAAGAAAAAUUUUCUAAAUAUUGAUUUAAAUUUCAGAAAGGAGCUCGAGUGAACAUGCCUUCUUCUUACGAAAAGCCGUCGCCCAUCGACAUCGCAGUUUUGAAGGACGACGCUCCGCUUCUCAAGGUCUGAAUUUCGGGAAGGAAUUGAAAAUGAUCAAUAGGCUAGAUUCUUGAAAGGUCUGGAUUAUAAAUACGGCUUACGAGUUUUAAAUGAAUCUAAAAACUUUCUGCGUAGUCCUGAGGCGUAACAAGUUUUAAGGUAAUCAAAAUAACAAUAAAAGAGCUCUUUUUCAACGCAUAUUUAACGCAUUACCGUAACUGAUACAUUAAUCUCCAUUUUCCAGAUAAUCCUCGACGCCGACGCGAAUCCAAACGCCGUGCACACGUAUAUUGGCUCCUGCUUGCAUUUGGCCGCCUGUUCAUGUAAGCUGAGCAUUUUUCACAGAUGGAAAAUAUAUUAUAAUAAAAAGUGAUAAAUGGGUAAUUUCUCUCAGAGAGGGUUUUCUGGAAUUUUUAUCGUUUUUCUAGUAAUUUUUGGUUUUUUUUAGUGUUGCUGGGGUUGAGUUAAACCAGUUUUUAAAUUUAAAAAUUUCGAAAAAAUUCCGAGAGACUGAAACUUUUUAUCAGUGCUGGAGAUCACAACUUCUUCAACAAUUUCGAAUUCACUAAUAGAAGCUUGAAUUUUCAAAGCAGUUGUCCAAAACGGAUCUUUCAGUGCUGGCCAACCAGAAGCCUAUCAUCAAGAUGCUCCUGGACCGUGGUGCGGACAUGAACCUGCAGCACCGGUUUCCCGACGGAUCCAUGCUCAAAAGUCCGUUCGUCGAAUAUUUCCGCUCCCGCGACAUUGUCGACGUCGAAGUCGUCGCCUUGUUCUUGGCCUACGGAGGCCGAGUCAUCAUGAAAAGUCCGUUGAACGACUGCCGCGGCCAGCUGCGCAACGUGCUCCGACUCGCCGCCAUUCGGGACCAGCCUGAGGUUUGUCGAGUUUGGUUUGAAAUCGAAUGAAUGAAUUUUUUUUUGUUUCUUUCCAAGUCAGGUCAAUGAAAACCUCGUAAAGAAAUUUGUUUGAAACGGUUAAAUUUUGAAAAGUUAUACAGGGGUUUUUUUGACGGCGCCUCGCCCUCAAUUAACGUAAAAUAUGGCGUCUUUGGUGCAUACACAGAACAGUAACUAGCAUACUCGUUAAAAAAUUUGUUAAAAAAAUUUAUAACACUACGAACAGUUCUCAAUUUGCCUUUUCUAAUUUUUUUUUUUCUAGAAAAGUUCUCAUAUCUCAGACAAUUCGUAAAUUAAUCAAAAAUGUUUCUACAAGCUUUAAAAUGUGCCAGAAACGGGGAACUCUUAUUCAAUAAUUUUUUCAUUCGAUUUUCGGAAUGUUAAAACAUCAACUUUUCAAUAAGCUGUGGAAACUGUGAGUUCCAGGUUCUGGAAAUGAUGCUCGGCGUCGCCGAGGAGUUCGACGUGAAGGCCAUCGACAGACUUCCACUUCCAGAAGGCCUCAAGGGCGACAUCAUCACCAGGGCCAAGUAAUCCAUUAUUUUCCUGUCUUUUGAGCUGAUAUUUUUGUGCUUUUUUUCACCGGGAGAAAUUUGCCACUUAAUCUAGUUUACUUUCAGGAUCAUUGAUUCCUAAAAUAUUAGAAGUGCACUGAACACAAUUUUAUAGAAAAUUUGUGUCAAUUCGAAAUUUUCAACCUUUCUGCGUUCUCUUUUUCCCUCACUUGCAAAAAAUAUCAAAAUUUGUGAGAAAGCUGACAAUGUCUACGUCAAAUUUUUCACUUAUCGUUCAAAAAAAGUUAUUUUUUACUAGGGAACUACUCGGACUCGGGUACGCGUUUCGAGUUGAAACUUUGGUGGCUUAUAGACUUAAGUGAGAAUAUCUGCUAAACCCGAUAGAGAACUGAGAAAAAAUUAGUAGAAAAUGUGAAAAAUUAGGCCUGAAAAAUUUUUCAGAAUGCUGCUUUCUACCUUAUUUUAUAUUUUAAUACAAUCGCCUUGAAUGAUCCGGCUAUGAUGGACUCUAAAAAACUUUUUUCCAGCCAAAAGAAGGAGGAAAACAGAAAUUUGAUAAUUUUCAAGCCUAAACUGUUCAUUUUCAAAAAGCUUUUUCUCAGAAGCCUAUAGGGUUUAGCAGAUAAUCUCUCUUGUUUCCAAGUACUCUCACCCGGGUCUAUAAGCCACCAAAGUUUCAACUUGAAACGCGUACCCGAGUCCGAGUAGUUCCCUAGUUAAUCAGGACAUCUCACUGAUAAAAAUAGCGCAUUCUGUUUUAUGUGUAAAUGAAACUUCCAGGAACCCUCCAAGUCUCCAGCAACUGGCCCGUCUCCACUUCCGCAACAACAUGAAGCUGUCGGACGUCGAAUCGCUCCCAAUUCCAGUCUUCCUCAAGCAAUAUCUCCUCGGAAUUAUUCCCUGA